AUGGGGGUGGGGGAAAGGGGGCCGAUCUGCCACCGCUGUCGCCGCUAUCGCCGCAAUCGCCGAUCUCCUGGCACCCCUCGGCCGUCCGGAGCCUCCGUCAGCCCUUCCUCCACCCCUGGCGCCACGGGGUCUAUCCUGAGCCGUCGGAUCGCUGGGGUGGAGGACAUCGACAUCCAGGCGAACUCGGCCUAUCGGUACCCUCUCAAGUCUGGAAACUACUUUGCCACACACUUUUUCAUGGGAGGUGAGAAAUUCGACACGCCCCACCCUGAGGGUUACCUCUUUGGAGAAAACAUGGAUCUGAACUUCCUGGGCAACAGACCAGUGCAGUUUCCCUAUGUCACUCCUGCUCCCCACGAACCUGUGAAGACCCUGCGAAGCUUGGUGAAUAUUCGCAAAGACUCUCUAUGACUUGUUAGGUACAAAGAUGAUACUGACACCCCAACAGAAGAGAAUGAGAAGCCAAGGGUCACAUAUAGCCUGGAGUUUACUUUCGAUGGUGUUGCUCCAGUGGCUAUCACAAUAUAUUGCCAAGCAAUGGAGGAGUUCAUGAAUGGGAUGGCAGUAUACAGCACAAAGAAUCCUUCUUUGCAGUCCGAGACAGUCCAUUAUAAGAGAGGAGCGAGCCAGCAAUUCUCUCUUCCUUCUUUCAAGACUGAUUUCUCAGAAUGGAAGGAUGAUGAGUUGAACUUUGAUCUGGACCGGGGCAUAUUCCCAGUAGUGAUCCAGGCUGUUGUAGAUGAAGGAGAUGUUGUGGAAGUGACUGGUCAUGCCCAUGUGCUAUUAGCUGCUUUUGAGAAGCAUGUUGAUGGCAGCUUCUCUGUGAAACCUUUAAAACAGAAACAGAUUGUGGAUCGAGUCAGCUACCUCCUUCAGGAAAUCUAUGGAAUUGAAAACAAAAACAACCAGGAAACCAAGCCCUCUGAUGAUGAGAACAGUGACAACAGUAAUGAAUGUGUGGUGUGCCUGUCUGACCUUCGAGACACUCUGAUCCUUCCCUGCGGACACCUUUGCCUUUGUAAUUCAUGUGCUGAUACCUUGCGAUAUCAAGCAAAUAACUGCCCCAUCUGCAGGCUGCGGGAUGUCAGCUCAAGAAGGAUGGAAAGCUGUCAUGAAUGAAAUUCUGAAGGCCCAAAGAGAAUUUGGAUGGGAAGGAAAAAUGGGAGUGUUUUUAAGAAAACUACCAUGGAUACACAGAGAAUUUACCAAGUGUGAAAAUAAAUGCAAGUAAUGAAGAGUGAAUAUGUAAGCUCAUAACAAGAUACCAUGAGGUUCAUGCCCAUAGUCCCAUAGUAUUAGAGCCUAGAAUGCAUUUAA